CAUCGUCCCAUUCAGCCAUUGCAGUGUGGAGAGUGGGCUCCAUACUGUAGUGAUUUCACAGUUUGCUUCUGUGUGUGAUUUAUUUACAGGUAAAAUGUUUUUGUUUAACGUGUAUUAGAUCACACUGUUCGGUGUUCGGUUCAGCUCUCCGGUGGCCCGUGUGCUCGGUAAUCAGCGGGGUAAAAUGUCUGCAGCGGCCGUCGUAGGGGGAGGCUCCUCUUGUCUGGGCGCAGCAGCAGCGGCGGCCGGUUGCAGCUCCGCCGGCUCUCCGUACGCUGCUUCAGCCGGAGGAGGCGCAGGGGUAGCCGGGAGGCUGCCAGCCCGGGUCCUGGAGCAUGUGUUCUCCUACCUGGAGAUGUUGGACCUGAUGCGGUGCUCGCUGGUCUGCUGGCACUGGAACAACAUCCUGGCGGAUGAAAACAGCGAGGUGUGGCGCAGCCUCUCCGCCCGGACUCUGACCGAUGAAGCUCUGCGCUCCGACAUCCUGUGCAACCUGCCCACCUACAAGGGAAAGCUGAAGGCGUACCAGCACGCACUGAGCUCCCACGACUGCUCCCGCAAUGUUUACGUGAAGAAGAAUGGCUUCACCCUCCACCGUAACCCCAUCGCCCAGAGCACGGACGGAGCGCGAGGAAAGAUCGGCUUCUCGGAGGGGAGGCAUGCCUGGGAGAUCUGGUGGGAAGGCCCUCUGGGUACGGUGGCGGUGAUCGGCAUCGCCACGAAGCGAGCGUCCAUGCAGUGUCAGGGCUACGUGGCUCUGCUGGGCAGCGACGACCAGAGCUGGGGCUGGAACCUGGUCGACAACAACCUGCUGCACAACGGGGAGGUCAACGGCAGCUUUCCGCAGUGUAACAACGCACCCAAAUAUCAGAUCGGCGAGAGAAUACGAGUGAUCCUGGACAUGGACGACAAGACGUUAGCCUUCGAGAGAGGCUUUGAGUUUCUUGGAAUAGCGUUUCGGGGACUUCCCAAAGCCUGCCUGUUCCCUGCUGUGUCUGCAGUGUACGGGAACACUGAAGUCACCAUGGUGUACCUGGGGAGGCCUCUGGACGGGUAGAAGAACAGGACGCUUGAACUAACAGGCCUCUGGCGUGUGGAGGACUGAUGUUUGUUGAACUGAUUGUAAACAUGGUCGUUGUUGUCACAAACACAGAGAAGCGUCCGUCUCCUGCAGCUCCACACCAGGAGUCACAAUGUGGACAGACUCAAGGGAGCAGGAGUGUUUAGGGACUGAUGUAAACGUGGGAAUAUUCACUCUUACAUUUUAGCUGCUGGACUGAUGUAUCCACAGGACAGGUGACCUUUAUUUAAAGUCAUGACCUUCAGGUGAACACAUGGAGACAAAGGCCAAACUACACUAUGAGACGCCAUUUCAAUCUAUAACCCAUUAAAAAGUGAUUAGAAGCCAAACUAUCGCCCCCUGCUGUUAGAGAGUAUAUCUACCACUUUACAGUGGUGUGCAGGAUGUGCAUGAAAUGUGUAACAGCUGCCAUUUGAACACACCUGUCCUCUGAUGGUGUCAAGUAUACCUGUAUCAUGUUAACGUGCGUCAUUUUUAAUGUGCUCUGUAGUAUUACACACUAUUUAUUUCUUGCUUUUAUCGAUGGUACUUAAGAUUCUGUGUGGUUAUACGGCCUGAAAAUAAAGUCUACAUGGUGCCACGGGA